AUGGAAAAAAAGUUUGGAAAUUUGAAUAGAAAAAAAUUUGAUGAAAAACCAUCAGAUGAUUCUGAAGACAUUUAAAGAUAAGACUUUGUUUAGAAUGAGUCAAGUGUAGAUAAUGUCAACAUCACAAAUAUCAAUAAUGAGCAAGAUGAUAUAAGUUCAGAUCACUUUCUAACAGUUUCAGAGGGGAGCUCAUCCUCUUUCGUUGAAGAUUCAGAGCCAGAUUCUGAGGAAACUUGGAUCGAGUGGUUCUGCAGGAAGAAAGGUAAUGAGUUUCUUUGUCAAGUUGAUUAAUAAUACAUGAUGGAUGACUUUAAUUUGACUUUUCUCAAAUCUCAAGUUGAAAAUUACAAAGACGCCUACCAUAUGAUUUUAGAUAUGGAGGAUGACUAUAAUCUGGACGAGCUAAAUAAAAAGGAUAUGGAUACUCAGAUUCAAAUUAAAAAAGAUGCUAUCAAACUCUAUGGACUACUGCAUUAGAGAUUCAUAUAGUCCUCAAUUGGAUUAGAAGCUAUGAAAUCUAAAAUGAUGAAAGGGGAUUUCGGGUUCUGCCCAAGAGUUUUAUGUGAAAAAUAACCAGUUAUUCCAUGGGGUGAGACAGUUCACCCAGGAGUGUGUCAAACAAGAGUAUUUUGCCCUAAAUGCAAAGGUUUAUUCUAACCAGAUUACCAAAAACAUCAAAAACUUGAUGGAUCAUUUUUUGGACCAAAUCUUGCAGGAAUAUUACUAAUAUCUUACCCAAAGAUAAUAAUAGGGAAACAGAAAACUGACGAGUUUUAGCCUAAGCUUUUUGGAUUCAAGAUGCAUAAGGAUAGUCCCAUCAGACCAAGAAAGAUAAUCAUAUAAGCAAGAAUCAAGCAGGAGAAGAAAAACAAGAAGAAUUCUUUUUGA